CAGCGGCCGCGCCCCGGAGGUUUCUGGGAGUGCUCGCCUGAGCUCAGUGCGCAGGCGUCGGGUGCGCUCCGCUGGAGCGGCUGGGGCCUGAGACGGGGAGCAGCGGGUGGUGCCUGGGUCCUAAGGCAUCUCGAGAAGGUGGCACUCGCCGGCAGGUGCAGGGGAGGGGCUGGAGCUAGGGCGGCGACCAUCCGGAGCUUCGGGCUGGCAGGAGACCCCCCUCUGUGCUUUGCCAGGCCCUUUGGUGUGUGUAAAUGUGUGCGAGACGACGCGAGAUGUUGGGCGGCCUGGGAGUCCCUCACUGGCCGGACCUCUAAGAAUUAGUUAUCUCUUCAGCCCGGCAACUGGACUCGCCCCCAUGGUUGUGGCUCCCCAUGAACAGCACUGCUUGGCCAUUUCCAGAUUCUGCUCUCUCCCAGGAAGAAGAAGAAAUGACCAAGUCCCAAGAAACAGUAACAUUCAAGGAUGUGGCUAUUGACUUUACUCAGGAGGAAUGGCAACAACUGAAACCUGCUCAGAGGAAUUUGUACAGGGAUGUGAUGCUGGAGAACUAUAGCAACCUAUUAAUAGUAGGCUAUCAAUUCACCAAACCAGACAUCAUUUUCAAGUUGGAGCAGGAAGAAGAGCCAUGGGCUGUAGAGGAAGGAACGUUAAGAAGACGUUCAGAAGACUGGGAAGUUGGUGAGCAAAUGGAAACAGAACAUCAAAGAUUUGUGAAAGGAGUUGCAACCAUACUUAAGAAAACCUUGAUUAAGGAGAAAGGCAGUGAAGUUAAAAAAGUUGGAAAAAUGUCUCCUGUGAACUCAGACAUUAAUUAUACAAGGAAAUGCCUCUGUAAAUGUGACUCUUUAGGAAAGAGUGUGAAACAUAAUUUAGACUUACUUAAUCAUGGGAGAACCUGUGUCACAAAGAAACAUCAUGAAUGUAAUAAGCCGGGAAAACCCUGCCAUAGGUCAUCCACUAUUGCAGUAGCCCCUUUUAAGUGUGCUCAGUGUGGAAAAGGCUUCAUUCAGGAGUUGGAUCUCAUCAGACAUCUGAGAGUUCAUACUGCAGAGAAACCUUAUGAAUGUUAUGAAUGUGGAAAAGCCUUUAGCCGGAAGGAAAACCUCAGUUCACAUCAGAAAAUUCAUACAGGAGAGAAACCUUAUGAAUGUAAGGACUGUGGAAAAGCUUUCAUUCACAUGUCAAACCUAGUUAGACACUAUCGAACUCAUACAGGAGAAAAACCCUAUGCAUGUAAGGCAUGCUGGAAAGCUUUCAGCCAGAAAUCAAAUCUCAUUGAACAUGGGAAAAUUCAUACUGGAGAGAAACCCUAUGAAUGUAAUGAAUGUGGAAAAACAUUCAGCCAGAAGCGAAACCUUAUUGAGCAUGAGAAAAUUCACACUGGAGAGAAGCCACAUGAAUGUAAUGAAUGUGGGAAAGCAUUCUCUCGAAUCUCAUCUCUUACUCUACAUAAAAGAAGUCACACAGGGGAGAAACCCUAUAAAUGUAAUAUAUGUGGAAAAGCCUUCUCUCAGUGCUCAGUAUUUAUUAUACAUAUGAGAAGUCACACAGGUGAGAAACCUUAUGAAUGUAAUGAAUGUGGGAAAGCCUUCUCCCGAAGAUCAUCUCUUACUGUACAUAUGAGAAAUCAUACAGGUGAAAAACCUUAUGAAUGUAAUGAUUGUGGAAAAGCCUUCAGCCAAAAGGAAAACCUCAUUACACAUAAGAAAAUUCAUACUGGAGAGAGACCUUUUGAAUGUAGUGAAUGUGGAAAAGCUUUUAUUCAGAUGUCAAACCUUAUCAGACACCAGAGAAUUCAUACUGGAGAGAAACCUUAUACGUGUAAGCAGUGUGGGAAGGCGUUUAGUCACAAAUCAAAUCUCACUGAGCAUGAAAAAAUUCAUACUAGAGAGAAACCUUAUGAAUGUACUAAGUGUGAAAAAGCCUUUAGACAUAAGCAAAAUCUCAGUGAGCAUCAGAAAAUUCACACUGGAGAGAAACCUUAUGAAUGUAAUGAAUGUGGUAAAGCCUUCUCUCGAAUCUCCUCUCUUACUCUUCAUCUGAGACGUCACACAGGGGAGAAACCCUGUGAAUGUAGUGAAUGUGGGAAAGCGUUCUCUCAAGGUUCAUUACUUAUUAUGCAUAUGAGGAGUCAUAGAGGUGAGAAACCAUUUGAAUGUAAUGAAUGUGGGAAGGCAUUUUCUCAAAAAGCAUCUCUUACUGUCCAUGUGAAAGGUCAUUCAGGUGAGAAAUACAGUAAGUGUAAUGAAUGUGGGAAGGCCUUCUCUCGAGUUUCAGCCCUUGCUCUACAUUCGAGAACACAUACAGGUGAGAAGCCCUAUCAGUGUGAUGAGUGUGGGAAAGCUUUCAGACAGAACUCACACUUCAUUAGACAUCAACAAAUUCAUAGUCGGUAUAAACCUUCGAGUGUCAGAAAAUCUUCAGUAGAAAUUCACAUCUUCUAGCUCAUCUAAAAAUUCAUUCUUCAGCAAAACGCUAUGAAAGUGAAAAAGCCUUCAGUAAAAACUCAAAAUUUAUGAAACAAAUAGAGUCACACUGAGGGAAAAGACCAUCAGUGUUGUGAAAAUCCUGUACCCACAAAAAACUACAGCAAACAUUGUUCUUAACAAUGAAACUUAGAAGCAUGACCAUUAAUGUAAGGAAUAAGAUGUGAAUGCCUUCUGUUGCUACUAUUUGUUCAGUAGUAGUCACAGCCAACAACCUCUUCCAAGUAUUCACUGGAUGAGAAGGAGUAGGCAUCAUCUCAUUUCUACUAAUCGGAUGAUGAUCUAGAUGAACUAGUCAAUGAAACAAAUAUGAGAAAAAUAAAUGCAUAAUAUAGAUUGAAAAUGAAAGGUUAAGAUCAUGGUUUGAAUCUUGGCUCUCAAGUGUGACUUUUUGUAAAUUACUUAACCUCUGUAUAAAAUGAGGAUAAUAGUAGUGCCCACUUCAUAGUGUUCUUAAAAGGAUUACAUGAGUUAAUAGCUACAAAUCACAUAUAACAGUGCAUGGUGUCAUUUCAGUAUUCUGUAAUUGUUAGGCAUUCAUAUUGUCAUCAUGUGCAAAUGAUAUGCAUAUAUAGAAAAAACCCAAUAGAGAACCUCCCAAUAAGAGAUAGUUAACAUACAAAACUCAAUAGCAUUUCAUUAUGCCAAUGAUAUCAAACUAAAAAUGUAAUCUAAAACAAAACUUAAAAAUGUGUAUAAGUAAAUCUAAUUAAAAUAUGUGCAGAAAAUUAUAAAACAUUGAAAGACAAAAGAAAUCUGGGUAAGAAAGGAAUAGACAAUAUUUUAAAGGUAUCAGUUUUCCUACAAGUUAAUUUGUAAAUUCAUUGCAGCUUCAAUUACAACUCCAUCAGCUUGACAUACUGAUUUAAAAAUUUAUAGCAAAAUGUCUACAAAUAACAGAAAAAAAAAUUUAACAGGUAGGGAGACACCCCCAACAGAUAUCAAAAUUUAUUGUAAUGCUAUAAUAAUUAAAACCCUGUGUUAUUGGUAUAGUAACAGGCAAAACAGAAUAGAGAGCCCAGAAACAACCAUGUAAUUUAGGACCUUUGCAUAUGAUAAAGGUGACAUCACAAAAGUGGGGAAAUAAUAAACUAUGCACACUGUGGUAUUGGGAUAAUGGCUUUUAAACUUUACUUAUACAGAAGUCCUAAAACCAAAAUUCUAAAUCUAAAGAAAAUAUAGAAUGCCUGUAACAGCAUUUGUCCAAUAGAAAUUUCUGCAGUGAUGUAAAUGUUCUGUAUCUGCCCCAUCGUUUAUAGUAGCCGAUAAUCACUCAUGGCCAUUCAGCACUUGAGGUGUAGCUACUGUGACUAAGAAAGUGGUUUUCAAAAUUACAUUAACAUUUUAAGAGUACUUGAGGGAAGCAUUUCUUUAAAACAUACAAUAGGGGUGGGCCCCAUGGCCUAGUGGUUAAGUUCGGCGCGCUCUGCUUCAGUGGCCUGGGUUCAGCGUCCAGGCAUGGACCUAACACGACUCGGUGGCAAUGCCAUGGCAGGAACCCACAUACAAAACAGGAAGACUGACACAGAUGUUAGCUCAGGGAGAAUCUUCCUCAGCAAACAAACAAACAAAAAGAUACACUGAGACUCAUCAAUUCCACUCUGAGACUAUGACUUAGGAGCCUUCUAACAUUUUUAGCUAAUGUGUCUUCUAAGAUUUUAAAGAGCUAUUUAUGCCUUGUAAAUUUUUUAAAGUUAAUGUAUAAAUAUUUCAUCAUGGUCUUAAACAGAUGCCAAGUUUCUAAUUUCCACCAUAAUGUUAAUGUUUCAUUUUAAAGUAGUAAAUCACUACUUUAAAUAUCCCAAUGGAAUCUAAAUACUUAAUGAUUGGAUACCAUCAGACAUGUACAUGAAUAAGCUCUUUAACAAGUUUUAUAUUCCUUUCUCUCUUUAAUCAUAUUUGUAGUCCUCUUUUCUCACAAAAUUUUAUCAUACUAUAUUUUUAUGCUUGAAAGUCUUAUUUAUUGAUCAUUAUAGCAUAAUUCUAUGCAAUAAAAAUGUAUAUAAACUGAAACUUUAAAAGUUUUCUGUGAACAUAAGGAAUAGAUCAAAAUAAAGUAGUAUAAAUUUUUA